UGAAGGAUUAGAUAAAGGACCAAACAAGAAACCAAAAGUAGGCAAGACAAGCUUCUUUCUUUUGUCUCAUUCAAUCUCUUAUCGUUCACACUUUUCUUGAGAAAAACAAACGAAGAGCAAAAAAGUUUUCCUGAUGGGAAAGCCAGGAUUGUUCGAUCUUGAGAAUCAUUUUGCAUUCUAUGGGGCAUAUCACAGUAACCCAAUUAACAUUUUGAUACACACUUUAUUUGUGUGGCCGAUAUUUUUCACUUCUCUUGUUCUUUUCUACUUUACUCCUACUAUUUAUGAUCUUUCUCAAUCUGGGAUUUUGCCAUCUGGGCUUAAUCCUGUUUUGAUUUUAAAUUAUGGGUUUGUUUUUGCUCUUAUCUAUGGAUUGUUUUAUGUAAUUUUGGAUAAGAAAGCUGGGUCCUUAGCUGCUCUGCUUUGUUUAGCUUGCUGGGUUGGGGCUAGUUUUCUUGCUGCAAAGCUUGGAUAUUCUCUGGCUUGGAAGGUUGUGCUGGCUGCUCAGUUGUUCUGUUGGACUGGACAGUUUCUAGGCCAUGGAGUGUUUGAGAAACGGGCACCAGCUCUGUUGGACAAUCUUGUUCAAGCUUUUCUGAUGGCUCCGUUCUUUGUUUUGCUGGAGGUUCUUCAAUCAUUCUUCGGAUAUGAACCAUCUCCAGGGUUUCAUGGACGUGUGAAAGCUAAGAUAGAAGCUGAAAUCAAGGAGUGGCAGGACAAGAAACAGAAAAAAGUUUCUUAGCUUUGAUUUGUCACCUGCUAAUGAAAGGGCUAGGUUAAACUACCGUAAACGCAUGAAGGAAAGGCUUGAUAGCCAUGUAUUCUCAAAUUAAUGUAUACACUUUGAUGCUUUUAAUAAAGAGCUUUCAAGGCUUCUUUGCGCUAGUCCA